CCCUCCUCCUCCUCCUCCUCCUCCUCCUCUCCCUCCUCCGCAAGGAUCAUGGAUGUACCUUCCUCAUCACGCUAAGGCAACAUUUAGCCCGAAUCUUUGGAAGAGCCCAUCAAGAGACAGCUCCAAUUUUCCUCUUGGUCUCCUUGGAAACGAGUCGGAGUGGCAAAUGAGGCUUUUGUUGGCCAGGGCCGUGCACGCAAUGAGCCUGUGUGUGCUCUUUGCUGUGCUCGGAUUGUGCGUGGCCCUUCAGCCUGGCAAACAAGAGGAGGAGGAGGAUUAUGAGGACGUCGCCAUCAAUAAGACCUGGGUCCUAUCGCCAAAGGUCUAUGAAAGCGAUGUGACCAUGAUACUUAAUAAACUUCUGCAAGGCUAUGACAACAAACUACGACCUGACAUUGGGGUGAGGCCGACGGUGAUCGAGACAGCCGUAUACGUCAACAGCAUUGGACCGGUCGACCCCAUCAACAUGGAAUACACCAUCGACAUCUUUUUUGCUCAGACGUGGUAUGACGGCAGACUCAAGUUCAACAGUUCAAUGAAGCUCCUUAUGCUCAACAGUAACAUGGUAGGCAAAAUCUGGAUUCCCGACACAUUCUUCAGAAAUUCCAGGAAAUCCGACGCCCACUGGAUCACCACGCCAAACCGCCUGCUGAGGCUGUGGGGCAAUGGCAGAGUGAUGUACACGCUCAGGUUGACUAUUAAUGCGGAGUGUUACCUUAAGCUGCAUAACUUUCCAAUGGAUGAGCACUCGUGUCCGCUGGAGUUUUCAAGCUACGGUUACCCCCGGACGGAGAUUUUAUACCGGUGGCAAAGGCGAGCGGUGGAGGUGGCUGACCAGCGAUACUGGAGACUUUACCAGUUUGCAUUUGUCGGAAUGAGAAAUACUUCUGACGUGGCGCACACCCAGUCGGGGGAAUACGUCAUCAUGACCAUCUUUUUUGACCUGAGUCGGAGAAUGGGUUACUUCACCAUCCAGACGUACAUUCCGUGUAGCAUGAUAGUGGUCCUGUCCUGGGUCUCUUUCUGGAUUAACAAGGAUGCUGUCCCAGCUCGCACAUCUUUAGGAAUCACCACGGUGCUUACCAUGACCACCCUUAGCACCAUCUCCAGAAAGUCCUUGCCCAAGGUGUCAUAUGUGACAGCCAUGGACCUGUUUGUCUCCGUCUGCUUCAUCUUCACCUUUGCCGCUCUGAUGGAAUAUGGAACGCUGCAUUACUUCACCAGCAACAGACAGAGCAAAAAGUCCAAAGCCAAAAACAACGCACACAAGCCACCGAGUCUGGUCAAUAUCCGUCCCGGAGCGUCCUUGCUGCAAAUGAACAACAUCAUGCACUAUCACGACGACCAGGACGACUUUGCCUAUGAAUGUUUGGAGGGAAAAGACUGCGCGACUUUCUUCUGCUGCUUUGAUGACUGUCGCUCAGGUGCCUGGCGAGAAAACAGGAUGCACGUGCGAGUGAGUAAGAUCGAUUCUUACUCACGAAUCUUCUUCCCGACAGCUUUUGGCCUUUUUAAUUUGGUUUAUUGGAUAGGCUAUCUUUAUCUAUAAGAGCAGAAAGCCGGCUCGGAGUUUUGUCCGGCCAAGCAUGUGACAGGGAAUGGGAUAUUUUGACAGUCAUCAAAUGAGUCCUGUCCUACUAUCAAACUGCCUCUUUUGAUGAUGACGACGACGACAAAAUGAAUCAUGUAUGCUUGUCCCAGAUUGGCUCUGCUUUCUUCUGGGUAUUUCCUCCAUCAUGGCUAAUGAAAACAAGAAUCGCUCAUACACACCGUGAAAGGCUGUUUGUUUUUCCUCUACAUCAGAAUAUUGACUUUUUGGGGGGGAAAGGACAUUUGCAUAUGAAUGGACCCUUAAUCUCAUCACAAAUGUCAUUCCAUAGCUAUGUACGUAUGUGUAUAUACAGCUGAAGCUCCAUUCUACGCGACUUAUGGACUCUGUUUUUUUCGUUUUGGUCACGAAUAUAUAUAUAUACAUAUAUGUAUACACACACACAAGUAAUAUUUUAAAUGCACGAUAUAAAGACCGUACUAAGCCAAAUGACUACUAGCACGUAAACCUUAGCGCCGGUGAUUGGAGGAUUCCCAAAUUCCGCAUACAAUCGAGCUUUAGCUGUACAGUGAUCAUCCCUCGUUUUUCGCGGGAAAUAUGUUCCAGAAGCACUGGUGAAAAACGACCACCUAAAUAAAAAUGAUUUCGACAUGUAAA